CCGCUCCGUCCUUCCACUUCCUGGGGCCGGCGGAUGGCGGGGGCCGCCCCGCGCCGCCUCAUGCCCGCCGGCCCGGUAGCGGCGCCGCGCCGGGGGCCGGGCGGGGCGGCCAUGAGGGCAGCCUGAGGGACGGCUCCGGCGAGCCCCGGCCAUGGGCGAGAGGCGGCGCGGAGAGAGCGGCGAGCCGGGCACGGGAUUCCCCCUGGAUCCCGAGGAGCAGGGCUGCUCCCUGCUGCAGCGGGCCGUGGCGCUGCUGCAGAGCUCCUCGCUGCACUCCUGCUCCCACCGCGGCUUCCAGUACAGCAGAGCCAUCCUGGUGGAAAAUGAGCUUUUCCUGAGUGAGCUCCGAGCUUUUGCCCGAGCCAAGGCAGCUGCAGGAUACAGCCAGGAGGAGCUGCAGGAGACCUUUGCAUUCCUGCGCUUUGACAAGGAGGAGGAGGCCCAGCGGGUGUGUCGGAGCGGGCUCCGUGUCAACAGCAGCAACAUCUCCACCCUGGGGGACCCUGCCAAAGGGGUUUAUAUUUCCAAAUAUUCUGACUGUCUCCAUCCCAGCCCUUGGCACCAGGGAAAAUCAGGAUUUAUUGUCAUCUGUAAGCUCAUCAAGGGCAAGGUCAGAGCCAUCCCUGAGAGCUCCCCCAGCAGCUCCACCUGCCCCUCGCCCGGCUACGACUGCCACGUGUCCAGCGGGAGCAGCCAGUACUACGUGUACGAGGUGAGCGGGGCGGGAGCGGCCGAGCGGCCCCGCCAGGUGUGUCCGUACGUGCUGCUGUCCUGCCAGUACCGCGCGCCCCGGGAGAUGCCCGCGCCGGCCCCGCACCGCCCAGUGGAGCGGAACCACCAAGAGCCGCGGUUGCUGUCGGCAGCGCCGUGCCCGUGGCGGGGCCAGCUCUGCAUCGGGGGCCGGCGCCUCUGCACCAUCGGCCUGAGGAGCCGGCACAGCGCGGGCAGCGUGCCCGCCCAGCUGCCUCGCAGCCUGGACAUCAAACACGUCAUGGGAUUGUCUGACUUGAAGAAAAAACUGCCAGAAGCUGCAUUUGGGAAAAAAAAUUACACUAGGAAUGAAGUCUGCUUUCAGGGUGUUUACUCCAGUCUCUACGAGGUGGAAAUAUCCAAUAAGGAUCAAUCCAGAAUGGAUCAGCUGGUGGAAAAGCUGAAGGAGAAGGAUUUGGCAAUCAUCAAAUAUUUACAGGACCAAGGAGUUCUCAUCCUGCUCACGUCCUCAGCCUUGGCACGGGAGGAUGGCCUGGAGCCCAAGGAGCCCGUCAGCCUGCUGGCCCUGUUCCUGUUCCGCUCCCCCCGGGCGCUGAGCCCCCGAGUGGAAAAGCAGGAGCCAAAGGAGAGGCAGGGGGGCAGUGCCAGGAGUGCCAUCUCCCUAAAAAUCGCCUCCGUUUUGCCGGGACUCCGCUACGCCUUACGGAAAGCAGCCGCUUCCUCCUGCAAUGCCGCGGGCAGCCCCAGCAUCCGGGAGCACCUCCAGGAAUAUGCAAAACUCCAGGAAAACUCUGAGGGCACCCCUGGGCAGAGCAGUGACAUUCCCGUGGCUCCUGUCCCCUCUCCGUGGCAGGACGGGGGUGCUGACCCUUCCCAGAAACUCUCGGAGCGAUCCCUGGCCCAGCUGCGCCGUUACCUCUCCGACCCCAGCAGCUUCACCCUGGGAGUCUCAGCAGCUUUGCAGUGUCUCAGUGGGGCUGGCAGGAAUCUGGGAGCUGAUCCUGGGAAUUCCUCCUCCUCCUCAGUGCCCCCAGAUCCUGCUCUUCCCACCAGAGCAGCGGGAAUAAUGCGGGAUAAGGGAGAGCUUCCCGCUCCUGCCCCGGAGAGAUUCCCUAAAAGUGUCACCUCUCCCACCAAGCCCUGGGGCAGGGAGAUCAGGAGGAAAUCCAGCAGGAUCCUUGGGAAGAGCGUGCCACCCCUCAAGGCACAAACACAUCCUGAGGAGAACAACAGCAGGAGCAGGGAGGCAGCCAAGAAAAAAACCAACGUGGCUUCCUCUUGUCCCAAAAAAUCAGGAUCUACUGGAAAUUCCAACGAGCCCAUGCUGAAAUUGGCCAAUUUGCAGUUGCCACAUGGAAGGAAAAGAGGUGCAGAGGUCCUGGCUGCAGAAAUUGUCCACAAACCCCAGUGUGAAAGUGCUGAGAAGGAAAGCUCAGCUCCCAAUGGUCCUGGCGUGGAGGCAAAGAGGCCAAAAACUGUGGAAAACCUGGACUCAAAGAAGGUUCCUGUCACUGAGAGUGGCACAAAGCCAGGGAAAAGCAAAAUGCAGAAAAACGUGGAAAACAAAGCAUCAAAACCUCCAGAGAAGCAGCAGGAAUGGAGUGAGUGGAAGGAGCUGCUGUCGGAGCUCCCCAGCGAAGCCUCAUCCCAACCCCCCGGAGCAGAAAUCUCAAGGAAUGUUCAUCCCAUGGCAAUUCCCAGCGUUGCCUUUGCCCUGCCAGGGGACAACAGUGACUCCCACGCCCUGAACCUGCUGGCUGACCUGGCCCUGGGCUCUUGCAUUCCUGCCUUUAUUCCCAAGGAUUCUGGGAAUUCCUGGGAGAUUCCCAAGGAAUCUGGGGAUUCCUGGGAGCAGCAGAGCCCGUCCGACCCCAAAUCCCUGCGCGUGGAUUCCGACCACAAAUACCACAGGGCGGACAAGCAGGGCAAAAAAUGCACCUCCAACAAAGUGUCACUUCCUGAAGAAACAGAUUCCAGCCAGCUGGCCUCUCCUCCCAGGGAAAAACCCUCUGGAAUUUUCAGCAGGAGCAGCGGGAUUCCCAUCCCCGCCGUAUUCCAGGUGCUCCCUCCCCGCCAAGCUCCGCAAGCCUGCGAUGCGAACAAGCACUCCAUCAUCUCAGCCGAGCACUCCUACGCCUCCCCCAUGCCCGACGAUCCCAAAGCAUCCCCAGAUCCCAAAGGGAAUCCCAGUGCUGCCCCCAGGAACCCUCCAGGAGCUCCCUUGGUCGGGAAGGUGCUGCCCUUCCGGCACCAGCAGAGCAGCGCCGCCAAGCCCGCCCGGAGCCUGAGCUCUCCCAGGAAAAAGGAGGAUUUCUCCAAGAGCCACACGGUGAAUCUCUGUGGGAAUUCCAUGAAGGUCACGUGCCGUUGGGAAGAGGAAUAUCUCUUCCACCUGGACAGCAGGUACACCAAUGAUUCCCUGGAGAAAACUGUCAUCCGUGCCCUGCAUGGGCCCUGGGAUCCCGAUCUUCCCGACGAUGUGGAAGGGAUGAAGCUGAUCCUGCACAUGUGGGUGGCUCUGUUCUACAGGAAGCCCAGCAAGCUCCUGAGCAGCUCCAGGAAGGUGGUGGAGCACAGCAAUCCCAGGAAAUUCGUCUCCAUCAACAGCUCCGGUGGCUUCCUGGAGCUCAGCGACGACAGCCAGGACUGCUUUGGCUUUGAGACGUGUCCUGCAGACUCCGGCUCGGAUCCUGACCAGACUCCCAGCAGCUCCCUGGAUCCCAGCACCCCUUCCCAGGGCGCUUCCCAGCCCGAGAAGAGCCCAGCGGAUUCCCAGACGGACGCGGACGGAGCUGCUGGAGCUGUGGACAGCACGGUGUCCUCCUCCUCUGGGGAGCUGCCCUGCGGGGAGGAGGAGGAGCCUUCCUCCACCAGCUGUCCCGAGAGCCUUUCCCUGCAGGAUCAUUCCAGGGAAAAGCUGGAUGUGGCAGGCGGGGAGCCGGAGGGCGUUCCCGAGGAGAGCGCGCGCGACGUCUCGAGCGUCACCGCGGAGGAGGCAGCCAAGGAGGACCUGCUGGAUGCCAGGAUCACCCCCAGCCCUCCCCAGGAGCUCGGCUGUCCCAGCAAAUCCCCGGAUGCGCCGGGCAUGGAAAACCCCGGGAGCCAAGCCCCAAACUCCAGCACAGCUCCAUGGACAGACCCCCCCUGUGCACCUCAGGAAAACGGGGAGCAGCAGCAGGAAAACCAGCAGGGAGCAGGCUCAGGGAGUGGCCCCGGCCCUCCCGAGGAUGAGGAGGGAAUUGGAGCCUCUGGGCAUUCCCUGGAAGUUGAGGAUGGCGCUGAUCCGCAGCCUGCCUGUGAUUCCGUGCCCUUGGAAGCAACUCCUGGAAAUGCAGAGCCUGGGGGGGCCACUGAGGAAGGGGAGGAAUGCCAGGAGCCCUCGGAGCACUCGGAAAAAGAGGAGAGGGAGGUGGAGGAGGAGAAGAAGGAGAACGAGGAGUUGGAGGAUGAAAGCUCCUUCAUGGGCCCCGUGGGUUUGGUGCUGUCCGAGAGCAGCGAUGCCGAGAUGGAAUGCGAGCACGGUGACAGGAAUCCAGGGAAUUCGGCGUCUCCAGAGCAGUUUGGUGUUCCUGAAGAGGCUCCCCUGCCCAGCCCCACCUCCCUGGCACCCUCCUGCCCCGACAGAUCCUCCCCAGCGCCCUCAGAUGGGGCCGGGACUGACCCUGGAGGCUUUCCUGAGGAGAUGUCACCAAACCAGGAGGAGCUCCCGGAUCCCUGGGACGCUCCGGGCACGCCGGAGUCGGAGACAGACGGGAUUGGAGUGGCCAGUCCGGCCGAGGUGGGGUCACCCCACAGUGACAGCGGGGAGCUGCCAGUCCCCCCAGAGCUCAGCCCUGUCCGUGGGGCACAGCCCGACAGCGUUACAGACAGCCCGGGACCUGCCAGAGACACACUGGGAAACGGCUCCGGGCACAAAAACCAGGAUCAGGCUCCGUCUGGGGAACACUGGGAGCCUGCUGGGAGCACGGGGUCCCCCUGCAGACAGGGAGUGAGCCUGGCCCUGUCCCCCGACUCCAGCUCCGUCUGCCUGACCUCUCCCGACGGCUCCGUGGAUCCGUGGGCUGCUCCGGAGGAUCAGCCCGUGGAGAGCGUCCAGUCCCCGUCCCAGAGCGACCUGGGACGGAGCAGCUGCUUCUCCCAGCUGGGUGGGGAUGACAUCGAUCCCGACCCAAAUUCCCUGGAUGCUGAGGAGUCAAACCAAGGCAGGAAUGGGAUUUUGGUGGAGGAACAGCAGGGGAGCCCCUCUGCCAAUGACACGGAGGAGCUGGAUGAUCCCAUGGGAGCGGGAGAUGGCCGGGACUCCCCCUUUGAGUACACAGACAGAGGAGAUGACUGCAGAGCUGAGGAGAGCGAGGAUGUGUUCCCUGGGACAGAGAAUUCCCCUGGGAAUGACACCACGAACGUGGAGAUGGCGGAGAUGCCUCUCCACCAUCACCUCCUGGAAUCAGAGCCCUCCUCCUCCAUCAGGGAGGGCAUCUCAGCCAUACAGGAGCUCCCCAGGCAGCAGCAGAGCUUCCCAAACCUCCACGGGGACUCAGCUCCUGCUUCUCCUGGCGCCGGAGACUCCAACCCCGGCAUUCCCGCCGUGCCGGGCCGGCGGGAGUCGGUGCUGUGCCGCCUCUGGAAGCCGUGCCGGGAAGGAGGAGCCACGCAGGUGAGCGUGGCUGCCUGGAGCCUGGAUGGCUCCUUCCAUCCCAGCUGUUCCCAAGAGCUGCUGGAGUCCCCAGCUCCCUGCUCCCCCAUGGAUGCGCCAGCGGAGCCGGGAUCUGUUCCUCCUUCUCCGCGCGAUCCGUGGGACGAUCCGGAGCCUGCGGAGCCGGGCUCGCCGCUCCCUGAGACGCUCCCCGGGAUGCUCCCUGACUCUCCAGACAGUGCCUGGUGGGCCGGGAGCCAUGGCAGCCCCGGGAGGAGCCCCAGGAGCCAUGGCAGCCCCGGGAGGAGCCCCAGGAGCUGUGGCAGCCCCGGGAGGAGCCCCAGGAGCUGUGGCAGCCCCGGGAUCCAUGCCCCAGGUGCAGUGGUAGCCCCAGAAGCUAUGGUAGCCAUGGUAGCCCCAGGAGUGAUGGUAGUCCUAGGAGCCAUGGCAGCCCCAGGAGCCAUGGUAGCCCCAGGAGCCAUGGCAGCCCAGGGAGCCAUGGUAUCCCCAUGA